GACCGCCUGCGCUCGCAGAGAGAUCCAAGGAAUUCAACAGCAGGAGGUGACGUCAGAAUCCCGCAUUUUGCGGUGUUGUCGCUUUCAAAACAUUUGAUAUGGUGUAGAACAAUUACCCCUGUUCCGAACUUUAGUGUUUCGCAUUUUCGGGGACUUUUUAUUUCGCAAAAUACUUUUGUAUUAACUUCGCGAGAGAGACAUUGAGCAGUGAUAGCAUGGCAAAUUCGUUGUUUUGUUUUUCUUGAGGAUAUACGGAAUUUCUCCUCGCAAACAACAGGGGAAGUGCCCCCUGUCCUUUGUCUGCCACGGGUGUUUUUAAAGUAUUCGACAUGGACAUUUACGGAUACAAUGGUGUUUUUCUGGUCAAAAGACUAUUUAAUAAUGCAGCUUUUGAGAUUUCGAACAUGUCAGACAUUACGAAGGCGAACCCUCAGGGAUGCGAUAACGGGGCUUUGACAAACAGAUUCGGAGUCUUGAUUCAAGGGUUGCUGGCCAUAGUUGCCUUCAGCACAUUGAUGGUGAAGAGGAUCCGUGAGCCCGUAGGGAUCAGAAGACCAUGGAGGAUCUGGUUUUACGACACGUCCAAGCAGGCCAUUGGCGCUCUCUUCAUCCACUUCGCCAAUGUGUUCCUCUCCAACCUCACAGAAAUGGACCCUUGUUCCCUGUAUCUGAUGAACUUCCUGCUCGAUGCCACGCUAGGCAUGCUGGUCAUCUGGGCGGGGGUCAAGGUUGUCUCCAGGAUCGUGGAGUACAAGCAGUUCAAACUGCUCACCUUUGGAGAAUACGGUGACCCUCCCCAGGCCGCAGCAUGGCUCGGGCAGUGUGGUGUCUACCUUCUCAUCAUGGUCCUGGAGAAGAGUGUUGUCAGCUUGGUCCUGCUCAUUCCUGGGUGGACCAACCUGCAGUCUGUGUUGCUGGACUACAUCCCUAACCCUCAGGUGGAGCUUGUGUUGGUCAUGCUCAUCGUGCCCUUCAUUGUCAAUUCCAUCAUGUUCUGGGUGGUGGACAGUCUGAUGAUGAGGAAGUACAAGACGCUGAAGAGCCUGGUCGACUCCUGCGACUCCUCGACCAAGGUCGACUCCACGGCGCCGUGGGUUACCGGCGACGAGUCACGGGUCCUGUUGACAGUCGAGACAGACACUGAGGAGGAGGAUAGUUCAACAAUGGUUCAAGGAGGGUCCCACUCUAGCCUUCCAGUAGUGGGCAUAAUAUCUAGCUGGGUGGAGGUGUAGCUCUGGUAUCCUUCUCUACAAGACCCUGACACAUACGCUGACCCGCGCCACACACAAACGUGAGCACGGAUGUGUGAAUGUACGCUCCUUCCAGAUCACACAGAUUUGCUUUUUUUCAUUGUACACAUCCCAAUGAUGUCUUUGAUGACUUGGCUGUUAUGAGGAUGUUGAAUGUUAUAUGAACUAUGCUUUAUGUCCCAUGCUUUAUGUCCCGUGUGGCUCAGUUGGUAGAGCAUGGUGUUUGCAACGCCAGGGUUGUGGGUUCGAUUCCCACGGGGGACCAAAAAACAAAUGUAUGAAAUGUAUGCAUUCACUACUGUAAGUCGCUCUGGAUAAGAGCGUCUGCUAAAUGACUAAAAUGUCAAAUGUAAAUGUAAGAAGAAAAAAAGUCCUUCACCCUUGCAGUCCCUGUUUACCGAAACAACAAGCUUGGUGGGGCUAUAAAGUGUCUCGUAAUGGAGAUAAUUAGAGGGCACAGUGUGAGCUUGAGGGAACACGACAGUGAUGAUGAAAGAGUAAAUCUGUCCUCUCUCUCGGGGGAUUUUGUGAAAAGGGUGUUUGUUGAUCUCCAAAGAGCUCUUUGACAGUACAAUCUGCUCUAUUUUCCUUCAUCAUACAGAUUACUGCUUAGUUCAAACCUUGACAUACAGCGUCUAAUGGUCUGUAAUUAAAUACGUUAAAGUCUGUUUUGGACCUGUACUAUUUAGUAGAAUCCACUACUAGUGUCCUUGUCUCCUUUCCUCCUUCGCCACUAACAGGUGGAAGGGCUGGAUAGUUUCAAUCAUUGAUUUCACCUAUCACGUCCACUCAGAUCAGUUGUCAGACUAUUGUAACUCAGCUGGAGGAGUUGGACCUUAAUGUUGGAAAAGUUUUAUCUCUGAGUUGGACUGUAGUAGUCUGGUCUGGAACAGUUUUUCACACUGUCUCCAGAAGAUGUUUAAUAAGGUGGAAAAUGGUAUUCUAUGUGGAAAAUGGACCAGAUCAUUUUAUAUUCCUCAUGGAUGUCCAUUUGGGAUUUAUACAAAUAUUUGCAAUGUUUCUACUAUGAAUUAAAGAGCUUAGUGAUAUGGAGUGAUUUUGAACUUUGUAAUGUAUUUUCUUAUUUCUUUUGUCUAUUUUACAUAUUUUAUUGUAUUCAUAUUACUUGGGGUUAAACCUGUGGUAAUGACAUGUAAUGGGAGAUUUUAAAGUGGUAUCACAGGAAUGAUCACAGUCAAUUCAGAGAUUACCUGAGAUAUCAAAAUAGUGUUCAGUUUACCAUUUUAUGUUCAUUCUUAUAGAUCACAUUUCUCAAUCAUUGAGCUGUUAACUCUAACAUGAAAAUACAAUACUGCCAUUUUUGUAUUCAUUUAAUUAUGUUCCUGGAACCAUUUAAUGUCUUAGUGAUGUGAAAGAUUCUGAUUGUGAGACUGCCAUUUCAUGUGACCUCAAAUGUGUAGAACAGUUACUGUGAGGACCUGCACCACUACAUUUAUGUUAAUUAUUCACUGUAAAAAAAAUUACUCACAUGCUCUGUCUAUAAUAUAUAUUUUAUUUAGCGUUACUCCAAUCCAUCAUGUAUGUGUUUUGUGGAAACAGAAUUUUGAAUUGUGACUGAAUGUUUAAUGGAUAUCCACUUGAAAGUGCCAUGUUGCUAUAAUAUAUUCAUGAUUCAUUGAUGAUACAAGAAAAAUGUCUUUGUCUUUUGUCUUAACCGUUGUCACUAUUGUUUGUAUUAUAAUUUAAAUUCAAGUAAAAUUGUAUAAUAAAAAAAA